CCCUCCCUCUUUAUCUGUUUACAGCCUUGGACAUGGUUGCAUAUCUGACAUUUCUCUCGCUCUCAGACACCAGUCAGGACUGCUUUCAUCUGCAAGACAAGAACAGGACUUUCUUCUGGACUUUCAUGUCCUGAUUGUUUCCUGCAGCCUGACCCUCCGAGUCCAAGCAUCGCCAUGGAGCGCGUCCAGCACAUCACCAAGUCGGCCAUCCGCCGCGCCUCCCAAAUCGAGGUCACUCCACAGGCCAAGAGGAACCUGCAGGAGCUCUUCGUCAACUUCACCCUCAUCCUCAUCUGUCUGCUCCUCAUCUACAUCAUCGUCCUGCUGAGCAGCUGAGGCUGCACCGAGGAUUCAGACUUCACUAAGUGUGACUGCAUGUUUUCCUACCGCCGGUCACCCACUUCAUGCAAUGCAUCUAACACCGAGCGAGCUAUGAGUUUAAAGUCGCAAACUAUUGCACAUUGACAGUAAAAAAAAACAACAACAAAAAAAACAUGUCACAUUUACUGCAAAGAAUGUGUGAGACUCACAGCUUGCACUCCCCCAGGUUGGACGGACAUCCCACUCCCAGUUGCAUCCUGGGAACAAAAGAUGAACAGCUUUGUAAACUCUUAAUGGCUCAAAAUGGUGAGAUUUUGUAAAUUGAGCUUUAAAAGAAAGUGCCGACAGAAUGUAUUCUAGAUUGGAGCAUGUUACUGUCAAUACCGUCAUAAUUGUGUCGAAAAAGUGCCUUCAAAGGUCGACGUCAGAGACCCAAAUAUGACUGUUUAUUGCCAGAGGUAUUUUUUUUAUUGGCCUGCGGAACAUUCAAAAAACACUAUUACUUAAAAACAACACAAAGAACUAGAACGAGUUACAAUGUUGAUGUUAAUACCAAGAAGCUGGCAUGCAGGCUGUUUUUUUUCAUUGAAAAAAAUACAAGUCAUCCCUAGUUUAUCACUGUUAAUUGGUUCUGGACAAGGCCGCCAUAAUUGAAUUGCCGCAAGGUAGGGAACAUUAAUUAUAAAUCAAAUAUUUUCAUACCCAGAGCAUUAAAAAAAAAAUGUUUACUACCUACUAAAUAUUUUUUUCAACACGAUGAGAUUGAUUGAAACUUUUGAUUUGAUUGAUUGAAACUUUUAUUAGUAGAUUGCACAGUAAAGUACAUAUCCCGUACAAUUGGCCACCCGAAUAAGUUUUUCAACUUGUUUAAGUCGGGGUCCACGUUAAUAAAUUCAUGGUGAGAUCCCUAUGGAGAGGAAAUACCACCCUUAUUGUUGCCUUUAUAUAUUUUAAUCCAAUAUACUAAUGUUUAAUGAGGCUUAGCCAAUCAGUGGCCACAAUACUGAACAGUGUGAUCUGAUUGGUCUCCUCCAGUGGCCAAUACACCUGUAUAUUAAUAUUAUUCAUUAUUUUAGCCAUUUUAUGCAUGAAAACGCUCAACUUUGGGCAAAAAUAUAGUAGAAAAAGCUUUACAACUACCCAAAAAUCCAUGCAGGAAUACUAUUGAUAUUUGAAGCACGAUACGGAUGGGACGACUGUAUUAAAAAACAAUAAACAAAAGACCAAAUGUAACAAGAAAACGUUAAAAUUUCGGCAUUUAUAACAACACAUUUUUUCAUUAAAAAAAAAAAAAAAAAAAAAAAUAUGUAUUAUGUUGGUUUUGAAAAUGUAAAAUAUGGCCCCUGCCUCCUUUGAGUUUUCAGAAAAAGGACAACCCGAGUUUAGUUACACAGCACUUAGACAUAAAACAGUGACUUCCUGUUCAGUGCAAAUAGAGCUUUAAAUAAAAGCAUGGCAGUCAUAUCCUAGACCAGGGGUCACCAACCUUUUUGAAACCAAGAGCUACUUCUUGGGUACUGAUUAAUGCGAAGGGCUACCAGUUUGAUACACACUUAAAUAAAUUGCCAGAAAUAGCCAGUUUGCUCAAUUUACCUUUAAUAAAUAAAUCCAUAUAUAUAAAAAAAGGGGUAUUUCUGUCCGUCAUUCCGUCGUACAUUUUUUUUCCUUUUACAGAAGGUUUUUUGUAGAGAAUAAAUGAUGAAAAAAAACACUUAAUUGAACGGUUUAAAAGAGGAGAAAACAGGAAAAAAAUGAAAAUUAGAUUUUGAAACAUAGUUUAUCUUCAAUUUCGACUCUUUAAAAUUCAAAAUUCAACUGAAAAAAAGAAGCUAAUUCGAAUCUUUUUGAAAAAAAUUAAAAAAACAAUUUAUGGAACAUCAUUAGUAAUUUUUCCUGAUUAAUAUUAAUUUUAAAAUUUUGAUGACAUGUUUUAAAUAGGUUAAAAUCCAAUCUGAAUUUUGUUAGAAUAUAUUACAAAUUGGACCAAGCUAUAUUUCUAACAAAGACAAAUAAUUAUUUAUACAUUUUCCAGAACAAAAUUUUUUAAAGGAAUCUAAAAGACUUUGAAAUAACAUUUAAAUUUGAUUCUACAGAUUUUCUAGAUUUGCCAGAAUAUUUUUAAUUUUUUUUAAUUAUAAUAAGUUUGAAGAAAUAUUUCACAAAUAUUCUUCGUCGAAAAAACAGAAGCUAAAAUGAAGAAUUAAAUUAAAAUGUAUUUAUUAUUCUUUACAAUAAAAAAAAUACAUUUACUUGAAAAUGUAUUUAAAUUGUCAGGAAAAAAGAGGAAAGAAUUUAAAAGGUAAAAAGGUAUAUGUAUUUAAAAAUCCUAAAAUCAUUUUUAAGGUUGUAUUUUUCCUCUAAAAAUGUCUUUCUGAAAGUUAUAAGAAGCAAAUUAAAAAAAAUGUAUGAAUUUAUUUAAACAAGUGAAGACCAAGUUUUUAAAAUGUUUUCUUAAAUUUUCUAAUUCUAUUUGAGUUUUGUCUCCCUUAGAAUUAAAAAUGUCGAGCAAAGCGAGACCAGCUUGCUAGUAAAUAAAUACAAUUUAAAAAAUAGAAGCAGCUCACUGGUAAGUGCUGCUAUUUGAGCGAUUUUAAGAACAGGCCAGCGGGCGACUCAUCUGGUCCUUACGAGCUAUCUGGGGCCCGCGGACUCCGCGUUGGUGACCCCUGUCCUAGACUUUACUAAUUGGAUAAUUUAUCGCGUGUACGAAUUAUUUAAUGUCAUUGCAUCAAGAGAUACAACGUGAUUAGUGCAGCAGCUUUGUUGGAUGCGAGUACAAGACAUUGUGCAAACAGAAGAAUCUCCAAAAGAUCCCAGCAGGCACAAGAGAUUAAAACAGGGGUGUCAAACUCAUUUUAGAUGGAGGGCCACAUGGAGAAACAUCUACUCCCAAGUGGGCCGGACUGGUAAAAUCACGGCACGAUAACUUAAAAAUAAAGAUUGUUUUUUGUUUAAAAAUAGAACAAGCAGAUUCUGAAAAUGUACAAAUCAUAAUGUUGUUACUUUUUACCACUUUUUACACUUUCUAACUACAUUAUGUGAUAAUGUUCAUCGGUCAACUCAUUGGUGUUUAUUUUCAGUCCAUCAAGAUAAAAAAAAUAUAUCAAUCAAAUUACAGGAUGUUAUUUAUGUAGUUUGCUCACUUUCCUCGACUGGUGCACUGACAUGUGCUUUAAUUUUAUUUUUUUAAAUAUGUAGCAUAACCUACAGAGAUACAAAGAAUUGCUAUUGCGACAUCUAGUGGACACGUUUAGAACAGCAGUUUCUUUCAUUCAAAAAUUUCCGCUCAUUUUAAUAUUUAGCAGCCUCAUCCCGCGGGCCGGAUAAAACCUGUCAGUGCCUUACGUUUGACACCCCUGCGUCAAAACAACGUUGAGAACUUGUCGGAUGAGGUCCUGACGUUGAGCAACUCAAACAUAACGUUGAAACAACAUGCCUUUUGAUGACGUUUAAUCAACAUUGGGUUCUGACGUUGAUUUGAUCAUUGGAAAUGUAGUCAUUUUCCCAACCAAUAUUCUACAACCCAAAUACAACACUGAAACAACAUGCUUUUUGAUGACAUUAAUUUGACCAUUGAAAUUUAUUCAUUUUCCCAACCAAUAUUCUACAACACAAAUACAACAUUGAAACAACAUGCUUUGUGAUUAUGUUUAAUCAACGUUGGGUUCUGACAUUGAUUUGAUCAUUGGAUAUUUAGUCAUUUUCCCAAACAAUAUUCUACAACACAAAUACAACACUGAAACAACAUGCUUUUUGACGACAUUAAUUUGACCAUUGAAAUUUAGUCAUUUUCCCAACCAAUAUUCUACAACACAAAUACAACAUUGAAACAACAUGCUUUGUGAUUAUGUUUAAUCAACGUUGGGUUCUGACGUUGAUUUGAUCAUUGGAAAUUUAGUAAUUUUCCCAACCAAUAUUCUACAACACAAAUACAUCAUUGAAACAACAUGCUUUUUGACGACAUUAAUUUGACCAUUGAAAUUUAGUCCUUUUCCCAACCAAUAUUCUACAACCCAAAUACAACACUGAAACAACAUGUUUUUGACGACAUUAAUUUGACCAUUGAAAUUUAGUCAUUUUCCCAACCAAUAUUCUACAACACAAACACAACAUUGAAACAACAUGCUUUUUGAUGACAUUAAUUUGACCAUUGACAUUUUGUCAAUUUCCCAACCAAUAUUCUACAACACAACAUUGAAACAACGUGCUUUUUGACGACAUUAAUUUGACCAUUGAAAUUUAGUCAUGCUUCCAACCAAUCUUCGAAAACACAAAUUGAAACAACUUGCUUUUUGACAAUAAUUUGACCAUUGAAAUUUAGUCAUUUUUCUAACCAAUAUUCAACAACAAAAAUACAACAUUGAAACAUGCUUUUUGACGACAUUAAUUUGACCAUUGAAAUGUUGUCAUAUUCCCAACGAAUAUUCAACAACACAACAUGCUUUUUGACGGCAUUAAUUUGACCAUUGAAAUUUAGCCAUUUUUCUAACCAAUAUUCAACAACAAAAAUACAACAUUGAAACAUGCUUUUUGAAGACAUUAAUUUGACCAUUGAAAUGUUGUCGUAUUCCCAACCAAUAUUCUACAACACAACAUACUUUUUGACGUCAUUAAUUUGACAAUUGAAAUGUUGUCAAUUUCCCAUCCAUUAUUUUACAACACAACAUUGAAACAUGCUUUUUGACGACACUAAUUUGACCAAAGAAAUUUUGUCAUUUUCCCAACCAAUAUUCUACAACUCAACAUGCUUUUUGACGACAUUAAUUUGACCAUAGAAAUUAUAUAAUUUUCCCAACCAAUAUUCUACAACACAACAUUGAAACAACAUGCUUUUUGACAUUAAUUUGACCAUUGAAAUGUUGUCAUAUUCCCAACCAAUAUUCUACAACACAACAUGCUUUUUGACGUCAUUAAUUUGACCAUUGAAAUGUUGUCAAUUUCCCAUCCAUUAUUCUACAACACAACAUUGAAACAUGCUUUUUGACGACAUUAAUUUGACCAUAGAAAUUUUGUCAUUUUCCCAACCAAUAUUCUACAACACAACAUGCUUUUUGACGAUAUUAAUUUGACCAUAGAAAUUAUAUAAUUUUCCCAACCAAUAUUCUACAACACAACAUGCUUUUUGACGUCAUUAAUUUGACCAUUGAAAUGUUGUCAAUUUCCCAUCCAUUAUUUUACAACACAACAUUGAAACAUGCUUUUUGACGACAUUAAUUUGACCAUAGAAAUUUUGUCAUUUUCCCAACCAAUAUUCUACAACUCAACAUGCUUUUUGACGACAUUAAUUUGACCAUAGAAAUUAUAUAAUUUUCCCAACCAAUAUUCUACAACACAACAUUGAAACAUGCUUUUUGACGACACUAAUUUGACCAAAGAAAUUUUGUCAUUUUCCCAACCAAUAUUCUACAACUCAACAUGCUUUUUGACGACAUUAAUUUGACCAUAGAAAUUAUAUAAUUUUCCCAACCAAUAUUCUACAACACAACAUUGAAACAACAUGCUUUUUGACAUUAAUUUGACCAUUGAAAUGUUGUCAUAUUCCCAACCAAUAUUCUACAACACAACAUGCUUUUUGACGUCAUUAAUUUGACCAUUGAAAUGUUGUCAAUUUCCCAUCCAUUAUUCUACAACACAACAUUGAAACAUGCUUUUUGACGACAUUAAUUUGACCAUAGAAAUUUUGUCAUUUUCCCAACCAAUAUUCUACAACACAACAUGCUUUUUGACGAUAUUAAUUUGACCAUAGAAAUUAUAUAAUUUUCCCAACCAAUAUUCUACAACACAACAUGCUUUUUGACGUCAUUAAUUUGACCAUUGAAAUGUUGUCAAUUUCCCAUCCAUUAUUUUACAACACAACAUUGAAACAUGCUUUUUGACGACAUUAAUUUGACCAUAGAAAUUUUGUCAUUUUCCCAACCAAUAUUCUACAACUCAACAUGCUUUUUGACGACAUUAAUUUGACCAUAGAAAUUAUAUAAUUUUCCCAACCAAUAUUCUACAACACAACAUUGAAACAACAUGCUUUUUGACAUUAAUUUGACCAUUGAAAUGUUGUCAUAUUCCCAACCAAUAUUCUACAACACAAGAUGCUUUUUGACGUCAUUAAUUUGACCAUUGAAAUGUUGUCAAUUUCCCAUCCAUUAUUCUACAACACAACAUCGAAACAACGUGCUUUUUGACGACAUUAAUGACCAUUGAAAUGUUGUCAUUUUCCCAACCAAUAUUCUACAACACAACAUGCUUUUUGACGACAUUAAUUUGACCAUAGAAAUUAUAUAAUUUUCCCAACCAAUAUUCUACAACACAACAUUGAAACAACAUGCUUUUUGACAUUAAUUUGACCAUUGAAAUUUGGUCAGUUCCCAACCAACUAUGUGGAUCCAACGCUAGACAUCAACGUUGUCUCAAUUUACAAAUAUUUUGCAACGUUGUUUCAUAGUCAGUUUUAAAGGACAUGUACGUAUAAUCAACGUUGUAUCGAUGUAUUGUGCCUGAUGGGAAUACUGUAUGCACAAAUAAGGGCAACAAAAAUUUUUUGGGGCCUAUUUUUCUUACGUCUUUGCCCCGAAGUCACAAGUAAAAAACAUGCAAGUGACAGCUAUAGUUUUGGUUAUGUCAAUGGUUUUAUUUCUGUUGCUAAUUAAGUUUAUUUCAUGUUAUUUUGUCAUAUAUGAACUGUCUCAGUACCACUUGACACUGUCUCUUCACUCGAACGGCUUUCCUAAAUGUUCUGUUUCCCUGUUUGAACAAUAAACCACGUCCAACACGA